GCGUGUGGCACGUUGUCACAGAGAUGUUCUCUGCGGACCAAGAGGCAAGCAGGCAAAGGGAAGGCCUGAGGCUCAGGCAUGUUAACCUGGAGCUGUGGGAGAACCUGGAGGCCCACCACACCCAGGGCCUGUCCUCCAGGGAGCUGGUGGUGAGGCGGGGCCAGCCCUUCAAGCUCACCCUGCUCUUCAAACAGAGGAGGUUCAACCCUCGCACGGACACCCUUCUCUUCAAAGCCCUCAUCGGUGACCUGUUUAUGGAGUUCCCUGCCACUCUCUCAAAAGGCUCGUCCUGCCGUGAGUGGGGGGCCCAGGUCCAGCUGGGGGAGGUGCACCCCCUGUCGGUGGCGGUUCACAUCCGGACUCCCCCCGAGGCCCCCGUGGGGAUCUACAGCCUGCAGCUGCGCCUGCUGUCUCCCAACUGGCAGCAGAGCUACGCCAUCGCGAGCUUCAUCCUCCUCUGCAACCCGUGGUGCCAGCUGGAUGCAGUGCACAUCCCCUUCGAGGACCAGAGAAUGGAGUACGUGAAAAAUGACUUUGGUUUAUUGUACAUGGGAACUCCUCACAAUGUGAUCUCAAGACCCUGGGCCUUUGGUCAAUAUGAGAGGGGGAUCCUGGAGAUCUGCCUGGACAUUCUGCAGGUGAGUCCGUACCACUGUCGAGACCGGCAGAGGGACUACGUUUCUCGUUCGGACCCGGUGUACCUGAGCAGGGUGGUAUGUGCGAUGAUCAACUGCGAGGAUGACCAGGGUGUCCUGAGAGGGAACUGGUCGAUGAACUACGCAGACGGGGUUCCCCCGUCGGAGUGGACCGGAAGUGCAGAUAUCCUGAAGCGCUGGGCCGGGUCCAGGUUCAGACCGGUGCAGUUCGGCCAGUGCUGGGUCUUCGCUGCUGUCAUGUGCACAGUCAUGAGGAUCCUGGGAGUCCCUACUCGAGUGGUGACCAACUUCAACUCCGCCCACGACACCAACGGCAACCUCGUCAUCGAAGAGUUCUACACGGACACGGGGGAGAAGCUCAACCUCUCCAAAGACAGCAUAUGGAAUUUCCAUGUGUGGGUGGAGUGCUGGAUGACCCGCCCGGACUUAGGCACUCAGUUCAGCGGGUGGCAAGUUCUGGAUCCCACCCCACAGGAGAAGAGUGCAGGAAUCUACUGCUGCGGGCCUUGCCCCGUGGCCGCCGUCCGGAAACGGCAGGUGGACCUGGCCUUCGACACCCGCUUCGUCUAUGCGGAGGUCAACGCCGACGUGCUGAGGGUCGUCGUGGCGAACGGGCGCGUGCUCGACCAGAGCCUGGACACGGAGCACGUGGGCUCCAGGGUCUACACCAAGAGCAUCGGCGCAAACAAGCCCCAGGACAUCACCUACGCCUACAAGUAUCCGCAUGGAACUAAACAGCAUUCAAAAUGCAGCCAAAGAUGCAAGCAGAGUUUGGACGUCUCCCUGUCCAUCGAGCAAGUGCCCGCAGCCGGCAAGGACGGAUCCUUCUCCGUCACCAUCACCAACAAAGAGGGCCGGCCCAGGGUCCUGAAAGAGCGUGCCAAUGCCCAGGCCAAGGAGUACUGCGGUGGUCCCCUGAAGACCUUCUGGGAACUGCACACCCAUCUGCAGAUCGCACCACGGGGAGUUUUAACGGUCCGCCACCUCAUCCCGUGCUCACAAUUCGAGCUGACCCUGGGGGCGGGCGCCCUUGUGAACCUGGCGGUGGUCAUAAAGGACGUGAGGACGUCCGAACGAGCGCUGGUCUCAGAGGAGCUCAACGUUACCAGCCCUGAGAUCUCAAUCCGGGUUGCGGACGGUGACUACCUGAUACAGAACAAAGAUCACAGGGUCCACGUUUCCUUCACCAACCCGUUCCGCACACCCUUGAGCAGCGCCACGCUGACUGUUGAAGGCUUCGGUCUCAUCGAGGGGAAAGUACAAUCAAAGGCCUACCUCCUGCAGUCUGGGAAGACCAUGGAGGAAACAGUCACCAUCACGCCCAAGGAGGUGGGCACCAAGGUCCUGCAAGCCAGCCUCGUGUUCCAGAACGGCCCGGCUGUCAUCCAAAGCUUCCACACCGUCUUCGUGUCGACGCAUUAGGCCCCGCCUCCCUGUCCACAUUCUGGGACUUCAUUGGCAGGAAUGUACCAUUUUAAAGGGAAUCACAGGGACAAUAUCACUGUCUGUUUUUCCAGUAUAUUUUUAGACGACCCAGAUGGUCUACUCCGGUGUUCCUUCCGUCCACCACUUUCUUUACUGCAGGAGCUUCUUGAUGGGUAACAGGGGUUUUCAGGUGUUUCUGAACAUUCAUUGAGUCUGUGCUAGUGCUUGGCCACACCCCAAAAUUAAUUUUCAGAGGAUGCGUCCAAUUGGAAUGUUUCACUGUCAGCUGCAGGGAGACAGAGCUGUCAGUGUUAACAGUACAGAACUGACCACCUGUUUAGUCUAUAAUAAUAUCUAUUUUUUUUUUUUUUCCUUUUUAUUUUGUGUAUUUGUGUAUGCUGUAGAUUGCACAAUGCUGUAUAUUAAAUCUUUUUUAUGUUGUUUUCCUUCUUUACUGUGUGUCAUGACAACAUAACUGAGAGACAGUUACAGAUUUUGGCAACACUUUAGUUCUCUUGUGUUAUAAUGGAUUAUCAUUUUGUGUUCGUGGGUUAUAAUGGAUUAUCCUUUUUGAAUUUUCCCUUUUGGAAGGGAAGCUAUAGCCCAUUAUUAUAAACUGUCAACAACUCACGACUUCCUGGUACCACAUAUUAGUGUGCAUUCUACAUGUAAAUAUGUCUGAAAUUAUAAAAUAUUUUUGUUAUCAUUUGCCCCUUUCAGAUGCAUCAGAAAAAUUA